CUAAAUGUUUCACGUUCUACAUUUUCCUGAUUGAAGAAAAGUUUAAGUUAGACUAAACUUGGCAAAUUCUUCUGCAAAGUAACAAUUGAUUGCACAAACUAAUCAUUUCUAGAAUUUCUUUAAGGCACAAGUUAGCAGACAAGAAGUUUAGCAGAAGAUUGGAACAAGAAAAAAGAGAUGAAAAUCCCAUGUUUGGCUCUAGGAAUAGUAUUACUACUACACCUAUAUUUGGUGACUGAAAUUUCAUCGACGUCGGAACAUAACGAUGAAGGGACGAUAAUCGGGUAUGGAUACAAGGUUAAAUGGGCAAAGGUUGACUCGGCCUCCCGUCGAACGUUGACCGCCAUGCUUCAGCUUGUGAAGAAUUCCUCCAUUUAUGGACCUGAUAUUCAGCUCCUUUCCCUUACUGCCAGCUUGGAGUCCAACGACCGUCUAAGAGUCCGAAUCACCGAUGCCACAAACCAACGAUGGGAAAUUCCACAUCACCUCUUCCACCGCCGUCAACCACCGCACUCUCCUCUCUUACCACCUCCCACCACCACCACUCAACGCAAACUCCUCCUAUCCCACCCAUUCUCCGACCUCACUUUCUCUCUCCUCAACACUUCCCCCUUUUCCUUCUCCAUCUCUCGCAAAUCCACCAAGGACGUCAUCUUCGACACCACACCUAUCUCAUCUAAUCCCAACACUUUCCUCAUCUUCAAAGACCAAUACAUCCAACUCUCAUCCUCUCUCUCCUCUUACCGGGCCCAUCUUUAUGGGCUUGGUGAACACUCAAAGCCCAAUUUUCUAUUGGCCCAUAACCAGACUUUUACUAUGUGGAAUGCUGAUAUUCCUAGUAGUACUGCUAAUGUUAACCUUUAUGGGUCCCACCCUUUUUACAUGGAUGUUAGGUCUUUCCCUGUGGUGGGGUCCACUCAUGGUGUGUUGUUGAUGAAUAGUAAUGGGAUGGAUGUUGAGUAUAGUGGUGAUAGGAUUACUUAUAAGGUUAUUGGGGGUAUUAUUGAUCUUUACUUUUUUGCUGGCCCUACUCCGGCCCAAGUUGUGGAGCAGUUUACUCGCCUUGUUGGACGUCCUGCACCUAUGCCUUAUUGGGCUUUUGGGUUCCAUCAAUGCCGUUAUGGUUAUCAUGAUGUUUACGAGCUUCAGUCUGUGGUAGAUGGAUAUGCAAAAGCUAGGAUUCCUUUAGAAGUAAUGUGGACGGAUAUUGAUUAUAUGGAUGCUUACAAGGAUUUCACUCUUGAUCCUGUCAAUUUUCCUCUAGACAAGAUGAAGCAAUUUGUUAAACAACUUCACAAGAAUGGGCAAAGAUACGUAGUGAUUUUAGAUCCUGGUAUCAGCACAAAUCAAACAUAUGGAACAUUCAUUAGAGGAAUGCAACUUGAUGUCUUCCUCAAGCGUAAUGAUAAACCAUACCUUGGUUCUGUCUGGCCUGGACCUGUAUACUUUCCUGAUUUCCUAAAGCCUUCUUCUUUGACCUUUUGGACCAAUGAGAUUAAGAGAUUUCUAAAUAUUUUGCCUGUUGAUGGUCUUUGGGUUGACAUGAAUGAAAUAUCGAACUUUAUUACCUCUCCGCCGGGAUCUUUGCUUGAUGAUCCACCUUACAAGAUCAAUAAUGCUGGGGUCAGGCUACCCAUUAUAACCAAGACUGUCCCACCAACUGCCUUGCACUAUGGUAAUGUUUCUGAAUACAAUGUUCAUAACUUAUUUGGAUACAUUGAAGCUAGAGUCACUCGUGCAGCCCUUGUUAAAGUCACCAAGAAAAGGCCAUUUGUACUCUCCAGAUCAACAUUUAUUGGCUCUGGAAAGUACACUGCACAUUGGACAGGAGAUAAUGCUGCAACUUGGAAUGAUCUUGUAUACUCAAUUCCAUCUAUGUUGAAUUUCGGACUUUUCGGAAUCCCAAUGAUUGGGGCAGAUAUAUGUGGUUUUCUUGGGAACACAACAGAAGAGCUUUGCCGUCGUUGGAUACAGCUGGGGGCAUUUUAUCCUUUCUCAAGAGAUCAUUCAUCAAUUGGUACAACCUAUCAGGAGCUUUACAGAUGGGAUUCUGUAGCUGCUACGGCUAGGAAAGUCUUGGGACUCCGCUACAUGCUUCUCCCUUACUUUUAUACGUUGAUGUAUGAGGCGUGUGUGAAAGGAAUCCCUAUAGCACGUCCUCUUUUCUUUUCUUUUCCAGAGGACAUGAAAACUUAUGGUAUCAACUCGCAAUUUCUCCUUGGUAAUGGUAUAAUGGUUUCACCUGUCCUCGGACCUGGUUUAGUAUCUGUGAGUGCUUACUUUCCAAGAGGAAACUGGUUCAAUUUGUUCAACUAUUACAGUUCAGUGACAGUUUUCACUGGGAGACGUGUUACCCUUAGUGCACCCCCUGAUCAUAUCAACAUUCAUAUUCGAGAAGGGAAUAUUGUGGCCAUGCAAGGCAAAGCCAUGACAACCCGAGCAGCACGAAGGACGCCAUUCCAUCUAUUGGUGGUUAUGAGCGAUCGUGGGACAAGCUUUGGGGAGUUGUUCUUGGAUGAUGGGAUUGAGAUGACUAUGGGAGUGAAGGGAGCCAAAUGGACCUUUGUGAAAUUCAUUGCCGAAUCAGCAAAACAGACUAAAGUUAUCAGCUCAAAUGUUGUUAAUGGCAAAUUUGCUGUGACCCAGAACUGGUUCAUUGACAAGGUUACCAUUUUGGGUUUGAGGAAAGGAACGAAGUUCAUGGGGUAUACGGUGCACGUGGGAGUUGUUACGAGAAAAGGCACAAAAUCCAGGUUAAGAACAAGUCCAGACAACAAAGGAAAGUUCAUUGUAGUUGAAAUUUCUGGUCUGGACCUGCUUAUAGGACGUGACUUUAAGUUGAUACUGUACUGAAUAGUGUCGUUUACACUUCUUUGAUUAUGUGUAGCAAAUAAUUGAAUCUUAUUUCAUGUAAUUACAUUUAUCAGCACUGCAAUGAUGACCCGUUUGGUAGUUGCUAAUAAAUCGUGGUAAUGCGAAUGAAUUUUAAUUGUAAUGUUAAGGGAAGCACCCUUGAUAUCUCCAUGGGGAAACAAUUUCAAACCCCAAGUUUGCGUUUUUUCUACAUGAGAA